CGUGGCCCGAUAUCCGUGGUCGUGGGAGUUCUCUGCCUGAGAGAGACACUGACGAACAACACAAGCAAACGGCAAACGCCGCCAUCGCCCUCCUCCAGGCGCGCGCCAAAACUCGCCGGCCGGGAACCCCCCGCUCCCGCACAAACCGCGGCGGGCUGGCGGCUCCCGUAGAUUCCCAAUGGCGCAGGAGGAGAGGGAGCUCCAGGUCAGAGCCCUCGACGGGCGGUCCACCGCCUUAACGCUCGCCGCCGCCGCGUCCGUCCGGGACCUCAAGGCCGCGCUCCGGAGCUCCUUCCCUCCCGCGCAGAUCUCCAACAACUUCCAUCUCUUCCUCAAGGGUGCUAAACUACGGUUAGACGCCGAAAUUGACAGCCUUGCUGUCAGCCAUGGCGAAUUCAUUGUCCUCGUUCCCUUUACACGGAAGUCAGCGCAGUCUUCUCCAGCGGCCACGCCAGGCGAAAAGCAGAGUGCAAAUCCACCAAUUUCACCGGAAGUUGCGGCUGAAGCUAAUUCAGCCUGGCAAGACAUUAUGGAUGACCUCUCAUCAAUACCGAGUAGCCCACAUGCUGCUGAUGCUGCAUCGAAAGAUUUGUGUUCUGGGAGCUAUGCGGAGGAUGUGUCAACUGGUAAAGGUCCGUCCACUGGACGUUCAGUGAAAAAGAGAAAAAUAUUUAAGGAAAAUGGAACUAGUUCCAGGGAUACAUCUGGAGUUGACAGCGCAUCGGAGCAGCCUAGCAUGAAUAAGAAGAAUGGUUUUGUCAAAUCUGCUGCAUCAUCAUGCCAUGAUAAACACCCGUUAGGACCUGCUGAAAUGGUUGAACAUCUGAAAAAAGGCCUUGGAAAGGAGGGGCAGAUUGUACAUAUUGAGGAGAUACCAUGCAGAGGAGCAUCAUAUGCAGAACUACCUCCUGAUCUCUCAGAAGCUAUGAAGGAAGCAUUACAAAGUAUUGGAAUAUCUAGAUUGUACAGCCAUCAGUCCGAAGCUAUACAAUCUUCCAUUUCUGGGAAGCAUGUUGCAGUUGCAACCUCAACAUCGAGUGGCAAGUCUUUGUGUUACAAUAUUCCUGUCCUGGAAUCUCUCUCUCAAGAUUCGACGACGUGUGCUCUUUAUAUAUUUCCGACAAAGGCUUUAGCUCAAGAUCAGUUGAGGACUUUACUGGAGAUGAAAAAAGCAUUUCACGCUGAUAUUAAUGUUAACAUCUAUGAUGGAGAUACUCCUAGAGAAGAUCGUCUGUGGAUCAGGGAUAAUGCCCGGCUGUUAAUUACCAACCCAGAUAUGCUGCAUGUGUCAGUCUUGCCGUGUCAUGGUCAAUUUCAAAGGAUUUUGUCAAAUUUGAGGUAUAUUGUCAUUGAUGAAGCACAUUCAUAUCAAGGAGCAUUUGGCUGCCAUACUGCACUUAUACUUAGAAGAUUGAGGCGCAUUUGUUCAAAUAUUUACGGCAGUCAUCCUACAUUCAUGUUUUGUACAGCUACCUCAGCAAACCCACGUGAGCAUGUUAUGGUAGGUCAUACUAUAGUUUUGAAAAUAUAUGGUUGUACCAAGAAAAAGAAGGAGCUGGCCAAAUUGGAUAAUGUUGAGUUGAUUCAGAAAGAUGGAAGCCCGUGUGGUUCAAAAUAUUUUCUCUUGUGGAAUCCCCCACUAUAUAGGACAAAAGAGGGAGGUUCAAAAGGUAGUUCAGUAACUAGGCGCUCAAGCCCAAUAGUAGAGGUUUCGUAUCUGUUCUCGGAGAUGGUUCAGCAUGGGCUCCGCUGCAUUGCAUUCUGUAAAACAAGGAAGCUCUGUGAGCUUGUUCUAUCUUACACGCGCGAAAUUCUCGAGGUGACUGCAAAAGAACUGGUAGAUUCUAUUUGUGUAUAUCGUGCUGGCUACAUUGCAGAGGACAGAAGAAAAAUUGAGGCUGAUCUCUUUGAGGGAAAACUUCGUGGUGUUGCUGCCACGAAUGCUCUUGAGCUGGGAAUUGAUGUUGGACAUAUCGAUGCAACAUUGCAUCUUGGAUUUCCUGGUAGUGUUGCCAGUUUAUGGCAACAAGCCGGAAGAUCUGGAAGGAGAGCAAAACAAUCAUUAGCCAUUUAUGUAGCAUUUGAGGGUCCUUUAGAUCAGUAUUUCAUGAAAUCCCCACAUAAACUAUUUGGCAGACCAAUUGAGCACUGCCAAGUUGAUUCACAUAACCCAAAGGUUUUGGAACAACACCUUGCAUGUGCUGCUUAUGAACAUCCACUAUGCUUGCAAUAUGAUGAGAAUCACUUUGGUUCUAGUCUGGAUAGUAUAAUGACGACUCUAAAAGAGAAAGGUUAUCUGAUUAACAAUCCGCCCGGACCUUUUUCUUCUACUAUGUGGAAUUAUAUUGGACCGGAGAAAAGACCUUCACAGACAGUGAGCAUACGAGCAAUUGAGCAUGACAAGUACAGUGUGAUAGACAAGUUAAAUAACAGAUUACUUGAAGAAAUUGAGGAAAGUAAGGCAUUUUUCCAGGUUUAUGAGGGUGCUAUUUACAUGCAUCAGGGUGUUAAUUACUUAGUUGAGGAGCUUGAUUUGUCAUCAAGAACAGCUUUCUGCAGGAAAGCUGAUGUGAAGUAUUACACAAAAACACGAGACUACACUGAUAUCAAUGUCAUUGGAGGAGAUUUCGCUUAUCUUCCGACGGUUACAUGCAAAACUAACUGUUUGAAGACAACUGCCCAAGCAAAUGAUUGCCAGGUGACAACCAAAUGGUUUGGCUUUCAUCGCAUAAGUAAAUCAGGCAAUAAAAUAUUGGACAGCGUUGAACUUAGCCUACCUCCAUAUUCCUACAAUUCUGAGGCUGUUUGGAUACGGAUUCCGCAGUCGGCUAAAAUUGCUGUGGAGGAAAGGAAGCUAGAGUUUCGAGGUGGUUCACACGCUGCUUCACACGCUAUGUUGAAUAUAUUGCCUUUGCAUAUGAUGUGUACUUCUUCUGACCUAGGAACAGAAUGUGUAAAUCCUCAUGAAACCCGUGGUAUGCCAGAAAGAAUCCUUUUAUACGAUAAACAUCCUGGUGGUAUCGGCAUAGCAUCAAAGGUCAAAAUACUUUUUGGGGAACUUCUACUUGCUGCUUUAGAGCUUGUUUCCACAUGCAGUUGCACUAGUGAUGCUGGUUGUCCAAAUUGUAUCCAAUCGUUUACAUGUAGCGAAUAUAAUGGGGUUUUGGGCAAGGAGGCGGCUAUUUUGAUCCUGAAGGGAGUAAUUGAACACGAGAGGUCGGAUCUCGAAGUGGCAGAAUCUUCUGAUCAUAGCUGAUGUAUAAAAGAGAUCUGAUGCAGAUGAUUCCUGAUUUAAUCGCCCAUGUACAAAACAUUUUGUACAUGUUGUAGUGUGAUGAUAUGAAGCACAUGAAAAGUUAAUAAGUUGACACAAAUGUCGAUCAGUGUAAUAGAUAUAUUGACCUUGACUUAUCUCUACUCCUAAGAUGCACACGAUGGUGCCGAUUAUGGAAGAAGUUGAAUGGUUUAAUUGAGUGGUGGCAACAGCUUCUGACUGACGGCAUGGUCGUCCACCUCUGCGUGAGAUGGAAUGAUUAACAUGAUGGUUUUGAGAAUUUUCAGAACUUUCAGGGGCACCCAUCUUUGCAACCGCACACAGGCGAAUUGAAAAGAAGAGGUACUGUUCUUGUGGUCUGUAGACAACAUAUUUCUGAACACAUGCAUUGACGAAAGAUUUGUAGGAGAGAAAAUUACAACGAAACUAAAUAAUAAUUAAUUCAGGAGAGGUAACAAAUAUGAGGUGCUAUGUGAUCAGCCAAUGCAAAUACAAACUUAAGAGCAGGAGAUAAGAUUAGCGAACAGGAGAGGAUAUUAUAUUUGCGUACCAA